AUGCGAAACGAGACAAGCUCGAGGAUGGAGUUCUUGAGUGGAGAUGAUUUUCAAGAUGAUGAUGAUGAUGAUGAUGAUGAUGAUGAUGAUGAUGAUGAUGAUGAUGAUGAUGAUGAUGAUGAUGAUGAUGAUGAUGAUGAUGAUGAUGAUGAUGAUGAUGAUGAUGAUGAUGAUGAUGAUGAUGAUGAUGAUGAUGAUGAUGAUGAUGAUGAUGAUGAUGUUGGUGCCGAUGUGGCCAGUGCAGCAGAUGUUGAUGGUGCUGACGUGGACGGAGUGGCCCAAAUUGCCCCACUCUCAUGCGUUCCCCCCACCCCAUUCCCUUGCGCCCCUCCUUCCCCAGCAGCAGCAGGAUCCGUGGGAAGAAGAGAGGGUGAGGCGGACGGAGGAGGGGGGAGGGCCUUGAGAGCGGAGUGGAGGAGGGAGAAGGGGAGGGCGAGGGCGGGGAGGAGCACACCGGAGCGAUGA